UAAACGAUAGCAUACUUUUUUCUUUCACGAGGUUAAUCAACGAAUACGGCUGGACAGAACAGAAGACGAAGGUGUGUUGAUCGGCUUAUUACCAUAAUCAAACCAAUCUUCUCUUUCCUUUCUCGUUCGCUUCUUCUGUUCUUCAAUUGUAGAACAAUGAUCCGAUUCAUACUCUUACAGAAUCGGCAAGGCAAGACCCGUCUGGCAAAGUACUACGUUCCCCUUGAGGAUUCUGAGAAACACAAGGUUGAAUAUGAGGUUCAUCGUUUGGUGGUAAACAGAGAUCCCAAAUUCACAAAUUUCGUUGAGUUUCGUACACACAAGGUGAUCUACAGGCGUUAUGCUGGAUUGUUUUUCUCGUUGUGUGUCGAUAUUACAGAUAAUGAGUUAGCAUAUCUGGAGUGCAUUCAUUUAUUUGUGGAGAUUUUGGAUCAUUUCUUUAGCAACGUUUGCGAGCUAGAUUUGGUUUUUAACUUUCACAAGGUCUAUCUCAUACUUGAUGAGUUCAUUCUUGCUGGAGAGCUCCAGGAAACUAGCAAGAAGGCAAUUAUAGAGAGAAUGGGGGAGCUGGAAAAACUAGAGUAACAUUUCUGUGGUGAAGAGUGUGUAGAAGCGCGGACUCUGUUUUUCUGGGGCGUUAAGACUUGUUUACCUUAGACGAUGUGAUGCUCUAGUGUAACAUUAGAAAUGGAACUAAAAUUGUUUCUUCUUCUUCUUUGCAUCACCAAUGUACUUUCCAUUUUCUUUUUCUAUUUUUUUGACAAUUCAUGUGAUAUACUAUUAUCACCAUAGGCGAGAGAGAGUGCUUCUGUUCAGUGGGUUGUGCUUAUAUCUGCAAUUUUUUUCAAUGUGUUUUUCCAACUUUUUCUAUUAUAUCCAACGGUACCCGGUUGUGUUUA